AUGCUCUUCGGUUCGCUGGUCAUCGCCGCUGCUGGGUGGAUGCUCAUGGUGCCCCUGUCCGACAUCGUGGCCGGCGCUCCCGUCAUGGACAUACCCCAGUUCUUGGUCGCCUUCACCCUCGUCACCAUCGCCUUCCCGUUUGGCCGUGGCGGCGGCUGGAUGGGCCUCAUGUUCGCGCUCGGCUCCGUCGCGCGGAUCGUCGGCCCGUUCUGGGCGGUGCACGGCUAUGAGAUGGGACCGCCGAUCGAGUCGCUCGCGCACGGCGAGAGCGCCAUCAUAGUGCCACCCAUAUCCACCGCGCCCGCGGCGUCGCGCCCAACGCGGGUGGCGUUGAGCAAGCGCAGCAGUGUGGAAGAGAUGGCGAAAGCGCUCGAGGAGGAGAUGGCACUCUCCUAG